GAUUAGAGCGAACUUGCUACUAUCUACAACCUUUACACCACUUCAACUGUAUAUAAUUCAACGAUUAAUACAAUGGGAAAGAGAAAAGUGGCAGCACUCGAGAAGGUCGAGGCAGACCUUGCCGGUCUUCAGUAUAGAAUUCGAAAAGAUCCACUAGCAUACGAAAAGGAAUUCAUAGAAAAUUGGCAACAAUUCGACGCCGCCCACGAAAAGUUCCUAGCUGCUCCUAUCAACGCCGAUUCUAAUUCCCUAAUCAGCUUCCGUGAGCAAAUAGACUUAAUCGCACAUUGCGCUGAGCUGUAUCCGCGGAUAACUGCUACAUUUCCCGACGCCCUCAAAGAUGUCCUUACCAAACACCAUGCCGUGUUGGAGCCUACCUUGCGGGAGAAGAUAGUAUCCAGUCUUACCCUCUUGAGACGGAAGGAUGUUAUCGACAGCAGCUAUCUGCUCACCACCCUCCUCCCUAUCCUCAUUAGCACCCCGUCCAAGUCGUUACGGAUGAUUCUCUACCAGAAAAUACUUAGCGACUUGCGGAAUACCAACACCAAGGCAACGAAUCACCGAGUAAACCGAUCCAUGCAGAUCGCUCUCUAUAAUCUUGUUACCUCAGACCGAUCAUCGCCGAAAGCUCUAUGGGCUGUGAAGCUGGUACGCGAAUUAUGGAGGCGCCAAAUAUGGACUGAUGCCAAAACGGUCGAUAUUAUGCGUCAAGCUUGUUUAGCCGAUAACGAGAAGGUAGCCGUCGGAGGUGUAAGAUUUUUUCUGGGGGGAGACAAGGAGCGAGAAGAGUUCGAAGACGACAGCAGUGACGAAGAGACCGUCGACGUCAAGAAGGUCAAACACUCGAUCGAAAUUAACAAGAAGUCUAAGAAAGCCAAGAAAGCCCUGGACAGGGCCGUCGAUAAAGUCAAGAAGCAGGAGCGCAAGAAGCAUUCACCGCAUCCACUCAACUUUUCUGCUCUUCACCUACUUCAGGAUCCUCAGGGCUUCAGUGAGAAUUUGUUUGAGAAGCAUCUUCAGAACUCCAAGGCUAAGCUAGCUCUUGAGAGCCGGCUUUUGGUCCUACAGCUUGUUACACGUUUAGUCGGUCUGCACAAGUUGACCGUCAUAUCGCUGUAUUCUUGGUUCAUCAAGUACCUGUCUCCGAAACAGCAGUCAGCUUCGUCUUUCCUGGCGUCGCUUGCUCAGGGAACUCACAACCUAGUACCCCCAGAUGCAAUUGAGCCAUUAAUACAAAAGAUCGCAAACGAAUUUGUCUCCGAAGCAUCGGCCACCGAGGUUUGCUCAGCAGGUCUCAACGCCAUCCGUGAGAUCUGUGCCCGGCAGCCCCUCGCGAUGAACGAAACAUUAUUACAAGACUUGGUCGAGUACAGGAAAAGUAAGGAUAAGGGGGUGGUGAUGGCAGCAAAGGGGUUACUGUCAUUGUAUCGCGAGCAGGGCGCAGAUAUGUUGAAGAAGAAAGACCGCGGCAAGGACGCGACCAUUGGACUCAAGAAAGGAAGUAUCAAGCAGGUGAAGUUUGGCGAGGAGCAAACUGGCGAGAUUGAAGGUCUGGAACUUCUGGCGAAGUGGAAAGAGGAGCAACGGAAACGCAAGCGCGUGGAACGAGGCCUCCCUGAAGAAGCCGAGGCUGGUGAAAAGCCCGAGGGUGAAGAAGACGGAUGGGAUUCAGAUGAGUGGGAGGUCGCUUCGUCGGAUAGCAGCGACUCUGGGGAGUGGAUCCGAGUCAGCGAUUCGGAGGACGAAGGGGAGCCUGAGCCGGAUACCAAGCGGCAAAAAGUCGACCCCGACGAUCCUGACGCGGAGGAGGACGACAAGGAAAAUGCAGAGACCGAAGCCAUCGAUUUCAUGCACCUAGCCACGACCCAAAUACUCACGCCUGCCGACCUGGCCAAGCUCCGCGAACUGCGAAUCGAGUCCAACGUCGACAAAGCCAUGGGCCGCAAGCGCAAGCAAGACAUGGAGUCCCGCCACAUCGACGAGGGCCUGACGGCGGAACAAAUCGAGGCGCCCUCCAAGCUGCGCAAGAGCACCAAGGAGGAGCGCAUCGCGCUCGCCAAGGAGGGGAAGCCCGACCGCGAGGAGCACAAGUCCACGCAGGCCAUCCGCAAGGCCAAGAAGGAGGCCGAGGGCAAGUCCACCACCAACAAAGAGAAGGCCCGGAAGAAGAACUUCAUGAUGACGCUCGGCAAGGCCAAGAUCAAGCAGAAGAGGAGCUUGGUCACCACGAGGAAUAUCCUGAAGAAUCACAUUGACAGGAGUAAGUCGGGCGGUAGGAGGAGGAAUGGUAUUGCGCGCUAGGGAAGUUGGGAGAAAAGGGGUAGGUAGGUGGAUGAGAGAAGAUGAAGUGAAUAAAGAAUACCGCAUUGGAAGAUUAAACACUUGCUGCUUAGGUCCCUACUAGGUACCUAGACAUGUGCUAUGCGAUCCCACACGUACCUAGUUAGUUAUAAGACGUUUGCGUCACUACUAACCUAGGUAUGUACAUGAUACUGUCCGAGCCAGUUAC